AUGGCCACCACAUUCUCGCUCCCACCUCUCCCCUACGCCUACGACGCCCUGGAACCCGUCAUCUGCAAACAGAUCAUGGAAAUCCACCACCAGAAACACCACCAAACCUACAUCACCAACCUCAACGCCGCCCUCGCCGCGCAAUCCGCCGCCCUCGCUGCAAACAACAUCCCCGAGCUCAUCAACCUCCAGCAGAAGAUCAAGUUCAACGGCGGCGGCCACAUCAACCACUCCCUCUUCUGGAAGAACCUGGCCCCGCACGGCGCCCCCGAGACCAACAUCGACCAGGCCGCCCCCGCCCUCAAGGCCGCCAUCGAGGCCCAGUACGGCUCCGUGCAGAAGUUCAAGGAGGCCUUUGCCGCCGUGCUCCUCGGUCUGCAGGGCAGCGGAUGGGGCUGGCUGGUGGCUAAUGGGCCCGGAGGGAAGCUGGAGGUCGUCUCCACCAAGGAUCAGGAUCCGGUCACGGAUAAGAUCCCGGUGUUUGGGGUGGAUAUGUGGGAGCAUGCGUAUUAUUUGCAGUACUUCAACAACAAGGCCUCCUAUGUAGAGGGUAUCUGGAAGGUCCUCAACUGGCGCACGGCAGAGGACCGAUUCAAGAACGGCGUGGAGGGCUCGGCGCUUCUCAAGCUGUAA